AUGCAACCAGCACAACAACCUUGUCUAAUUAAAAACCACGGUUAAUCAAUGUACAAUCAAUGAGAACGGCCAAUAAUCGCGUAAUAACCAGGAAUUGCCUCGAAAUAAUCGCAACAAAAAUGCGUAAAAUCCGUUGUAAUUCUACUGAUUAGUCAAGCGUGAGUGUUUUGGUUUGUUUGGAGGUUAUAGAAUCACAACAAAAAUGACCAUGGAAGAGGCCAAGAACAAACCAAAAAAGACCACGAUUAGUAAACUCUUACUACCAAAGGUACCGAAUAAAGUAGGAGCUUUAAAUCGAAGUCGUAGCACGAAUGUAAAACCGUCUAGUCCGUGUAUGAGACGAUUAACCCGUUCGAAUUCGGCUUCACCCUCCGAUACUGAAGAUAUUUGCCGAAGACCCCUUAAUUUGGAUCUGUCUCAUUUAAAAUCGAAGGAAACGGAGAAAGUUGAGCGUAUUUUCGGGGAGAAAACCGAAGAAUAUUUUUUGUAUAGUCCCAAAUUGGAUAAGCCUGGAAUACAAUUGAGAAGAUGUAGUAGCGCUGAUGAAAAUAUUAAUCGUACUAUAACACCGGAAUUUGAUGAAAAAAAAUUUAUAGAAAAAUGUGUUUCGCACGAAACUGGGUUAAAUGAAGAUAUUGCAGGGAUGAAUAGUUUAGCAGCACAAGGUUUGAUGGCCGCACAAGUUUUACAUUUAAUCCCAACGGUUAAAGCACGCCAACGAAAUUUUUUACAUGGAAAAAUCGGGGCCCAUUCGCUUUUAGGACCAUCGGAAUUAGAUCGGAAUUUACCAAACAGAACGAUUCAUAUUUUCGUUGGCACUUGGAAUAUGAACGGACAAACACCUCCAAAAGAAAUGAAUGAUUUUGUUUUACCAAUCGGAAUGGAACACGUCCCCGAUAUUCUCGCUUUUGGUACUCAGGAAUCAUGUUCGGAGCGUUUCGAAUGGGAAGUUUGUUUACAAGAAACUAUCGGACCAUCCCACGUUCUAUUUCAUUCGAUUUCGUUAGGUACUCUUCAUUUAGCGAUUUUUCUUCGUCGCGAUUUAAUAUGGUAUUGUUCCGUGCCAGAAGAAUCCUACAUAUCAGUUCGACCAGGAACUGCUUUUCGCACAAAAGGAGCCGUUGCGUGUUCUUUUAUGGUGUUUGGAACUUCGUUUCUUUUCGUUAACACCCACUUAACAGCGCAUCAAGAAAAAGUUAAAGAACGGGUAUCAGACGUGAAAAAAAUCGUCAAUUCUCUCGAUUUACCAAAAAAUCUCAUCGUUAAAAACAAGGUCAAAGAUGUUACUCAAAAUUUCGAUUACGUAUUUUGGGCUGGAGAUUUAAAUUUUCGAUUGGCAACCCCUCGAACUAAAGUGCUUGAGUGGUUAUCAAAAACGAGUUUCCCACUUCCGGCUCAUUUACCGCACGGAUGUUUACAUCACGAUCAGUUAUGUUCGGUUUUAGCUGAUGGAGCUGCUUUUAGAGGAUUUUCUGAGGCACAAAUAACAUUUCCACCUACUUAUAAGUAUGACCCAGGAACUCAAAACUUUGAUACAUCAUCAAAACAACGUACCCCUGCGUAUACUGAUCGGAUUUUAUAUAAACAUCGUCACUCAAGAAGACUUAGCGGUCAGCCAGAAACUCCUCCGAUUGAGUGUUUGGUGUACGAUUCAGUUCCUUCGAUUGUUACUUCGGAUCAUAAGCCGGUUUGGGGGGUUUUUCGGGCUCACGUUCGCCCCGGUUUAGACACGAUUCCAUUGGCUGCUGGGUUAUUUAACCGAGAGAUUUACUUGGAGGGUAUUCGUAGAAGAGCCACGGCUUUGGGAGAUGCUUCAGAUGCAUCAACGAUUUCCGACGAUAAAAGAGGAACGGUGGCGGUUUGGAGAGUCGAAGAGAUUUCUUUUUGGCCAUGAGGAUUGAAAAUACCCCAUCCUGAGACUUCGCAACGCGUUCCUUCGGGUGGCGUUUCUUUGGGUACACAAGCUGGUUUUAUGAAUUUGUUUCGAGUAAAUCCCGGCUUUGAAACGAGAAGUAAAGCAAUAUCGUUGCUGUAAGGACCCGAUUUUCGAUGAUCUGGAUGAACAAUCGAUUUUUCUACCUUUAAGAUUUGCUCGAAAGUUUCGUUUUGUUGCCCAACUCGCCCCGAUAACCCAUCUAAAUAACAAUGGGCAACAGUUAGUAUUAAUCUCGAAGAAAUUAAAACACCACCACAAUGAUGUCUUCCUUUAUGGAUUAAAUCGACGAUCCACGGUACAGCUCCAAGAGGUGGUGAUUCACCUCCAAUAACCUUCGAUGACCUUGGAUUCCAAUCAACACCACGAACACCACACGAUUGUUGCGGAUUUGGAAAUUUCGGGUCUUCGACCAAAUUCUUUUACCCAUAAGAGGACGAUGCAGAGGAAGCUUGAUUUAAUGGCUGAUGGCGUCAGCUGCAGUACAUCUUCACUUAGCUGGUUACAACGUGGAUGCAAUCAAUGGAACCCAGCGGCUUCUUCUAAAGGUAAACAAGUGGAUCAAAAACAAGUAUAAACCUUUAUGGUUUGACAUGAAAAGAAGAAAAAAUAACUUCUCAACAAAGGAGUAAAAGGAAAAUGUGUCGGGAAAAGCGCAAAAACUGUCAUAUCCCCGGAAAUAACAUCGGAUAGUUCGGAAUCAAUUUGCCGGAAAAUGGACACGUAUUGGAAAGCGUUUGGGCUCGUUGCGAAGUGGACAAGAGGGGAAAGGAAAAAUGCUCGCAAAAGAAGUAGCAACAGGAAAAGGGGAUUUACAAAUAAGACCGUUUGAUGAAUCGAAAUAGGGAUGGAAAUUUAUCCAAACUUGUUAUAACGAAUGGUGGAGAUGACGGAUAGGUCAAAUCGAUACAAUAGAUCAGAAUGGGACGCGGCAAUACCGUUUUAAUCGAAAAUGGUGGAGCCAUAAACUAAACUCCGAGCUGCUAAUUUAAACAUAAUAUACGAGCAUACGGGACCAAUCGUACAUCACCAGCGAUUAAUGAACGAUGCCUAUUAAAAGCCGUGAUUUCUAAUUUCACCACUUCACAUAAUAUUAACUGUCCGCCGAAAUAUCAAUUUAUGGCUAAAUUAAUUGUUUUGUUGCGGACGUUAGCGGGCGCGACGAUAAAUAAAAACCGAGAGCGCCAUUAAAAUUAUUGCACGUAAAUUUCCACUCGUACCGUUUUCAAAAUUAUCGAUUUUACCUCCAUUAUUAUCAAACGUGAACGAACAAGUUCUUUAGCUACAUCUACAUCACCGUAGUUUCAUCCCCACAAAGGGACUCGUUCGGAUGCUCAUUGUUUCCGCGAAGGCAAGUUUUAAUAACUCCCUCAGAAUCCGCAAGGCUUUGAUUGAAACCUCCAUUUCGGUGUAUCCUUUCCAAAAAUUAAUCAGUCCCUUAAUAAUUCAUAAAUGAUAAUUACUAAAAAUUACUACUCUUUCAUUUUAUCUAUAUAUAAAUCGUUGGAAAAACUAAUACCCCGAACGCAACCAUUUAUUUUAUGCACUCUGUAUACAUCAAGAUUGGAGUUUGGAAUAAUGCCCGAAAUUGCCCAGAAGGAUAAUAAUGCCACGGAACGUAGCGGUGGCCUUCGUGCCAUCGAAGUCGGUAAUUUAUGCGCGUUUUUACUGCUCCUUAACACGUGAAUAAUUGAGAGAGGCACCGGGUCACGAACGUGUGUUAAAAUCAAACUCUUUCCCAAACUAAACUAGGAUUCCCUCGAGAAAUUCCGAAUCUCUUUGCGAAUUAAUCCGGGGGAGUCUUAAUUAAAAUAAUGGGAUUUCGGUUCUUCUUCUUUAGAAACGGCUCGUUUUUGUGGUUAAAACUUUCUAGACUCGGUUUAUUUUCGUCGAAUAAGGUGUAUUUAUUGAAUUUAGAAUUUAGUUUCCGGCUCCUUCACCAAAACAACAAAAAGAAAAAAUCCAACUAUAAUAACCCUCGUGAAAAGGAGGUGAAAAUUAAACUUCGCGGUCGUAGCGGAGUACAGUUUCGAUAUUAUGAAAAGCAAACAUCUCGGAGCAUAACGCCGUGUUAUUUUUAAACUGGCGCGUCUCGAGUUUAACGGCUCGCUCGUCUGCACACAGACGCUUAAUUAGACGCUUCUGAAGGUUACAAAACACCCCAACCUCCCACCGAAAUACCACGCAAUUGAUGCGUUUUCGACGGGUUUCGCAAUCGCCUCGCGACGCGUAAGCUCAAGUUUCAAGCAAUUACCGUCAAUUGGAACGCGGUUCGUAUCCAAUAACGGUAGCAUAAUCCAAUAACAAUCGCGAUAAUUGACGCUAUAUCCGUCAGGAACCGUUUUGGUGAACGUAGAUGGGGUGAGAGAGCUGGUUUGAAAUUAGCUUGGAAUGUGUUGCUACAACAUUGAAGCUUAACAGUGUUAGUACUUAUUGUUAGUGUUCAUAUCAACAAUCAACAUGGAGUUACAAAGUGUAUUACAAGAAAAAAUUGAUUUUUUUCGCCUUUUAAUUUGCUUGAGUGUAGGUACCGGUUUCGGUUUAAACCAUCAUCAACCGAGUAUUUGCUAACAAUAGGCUCCACACAUAAUGAAUGAGCUAAAAUCAUAAUAAAUCGUGUUUAUAAAAAGUUUGUUAUAAAAAAUUUUUUAAGUAAUGUAUCAGAAAUCGUUCGGAUAAAGUAAGACCGAGUUAUAUUAUGUGAUAUAAGUAAAUGUUGGACUACUUUUAUUAAA